CGUUAGUAGUAUAUCUGUUUAAAGUGAUACUGUUUUUUGUUUUCAUUUACUAAUACGGUUAUACGUUUAAUUCUAUGAAGUAACAAUUAAGAUUUACACGUCACUUUAAAGAAUUUGUAUUGUAAAUCGUAUAAUUAAUUGAAUUGCACUGUUUGUAAUCCAAGUAAAAUAUGUUUGCCGCGGGAUAAUUUCCUGGUUUAGGCAUAAAUAACCUCGAAGUAAAGAUUAAGAGCCCACAAAGAUGCCUCCGAAACGGAAAGUGGGCUCAAAACCAAAUGAGAGCAAAAAUGAUCCCACACCCGAAGUACCUCAAAUUUUCUUAGCAACCGAAAGUAGCAGCGAUGUACCGCAAUUUUCGGUUCAAGUUGAUGAUCAUGACGUUGAGGCGUCUACCAAUAACCUCACGAACAAUAUGGUUAUAGCAUCGGAACCAACUGUUAGCUAUCUCGCUAUGAACAUGGACCCGGGUCUCGUCCGGAGAAAAAGUCAGCAGUUCGAAGCAAAUAUUAAAGCAGAAGAAGAAGAACACGUAAGAGAGGCGUUAGAAAAGGAACGAAAACAGGUCGAGAAGCUCGUAUCAUCCCGUUCAGUUACACAAGGUAGUAUUUCCAGCGCCAUGCAUUUGCACCCAGAUAAGUCGUCUUUUAGAAGGGGCGUGACGGGCUCAAUGUCGAUUCCAAUGAAUAAAAUGUCCCUCAAACUUUAUGGUAGUGAAAAAGCAGUAAUUGAAGAACAGGAACGUCUAAAAAAGGCCGGAAGCUGGAUUAUUCACCCUUACAGUAAUUUUCGGUUUAUAUGGGACUCGUUCACUUUGGUUUUAUUGCUGGUCAACAUUAUUUUAAUCCCGGUUAUCAUUUCUUUCUGGAAGGACGACGAUUCUGCUUGGUUGCCAUUUAAAGCCGUUUCCGACACAUGGUUCCUGACCGAUAUUAUUAUCAAUUUUCGGACUGGAAUUGUAAUUGAUGGGCCAGACAGUGAAGUGAUUUUGGAUCCGAAACAAAUACGAAUGAUGUACCUUAAAACUUGGUUUACCAUUGACCUUGUCUCAACUUUUCCUUUCGAUCUGGUUUUUACGAUAAUCGACGGGGCCUCCUCUAUGGCAGAGACGGGCCUCAAAGCUCUUAGCUUGCUCAGAUUCGCGAAAAUUCUCGCUCUGUUGCGCCUCCUGCGGCUGUCGAGGUUCAUCCGGUACAUGAAACAAUGGGAGGAGAUAUUCAAUUUCCAAUACGAGAUGGCGCUUGCUUUCGCUCGAAUAUUCAAUCUUAUUAUGCUAAUGUUGUUUAUUUGUCAUUUCAAUGGCUGUCUCCAAUAUAUGGUUCCUAUGUUUCUCGACUUUCCGGAGAAAACGUGGGUUCGAGACCGUAAUCUUCAUUUGAGCAACGUUACUAUUUGGGAGCGAUACUCGUGGUCAGUAUUCAAGUCCACCAGCCAUAUGCUUUGCAUUGGAUACGGUUUGUUCCCUCCUCAAGGCUUAGUUGAUGUAUGGGUGACGUAUGUUAGCAUGUGUUCUGGUGCAAUGUGCUUUGCUCUCUUUAUUGGCAACGCAACCUCUUUGAUUCAAUCCAUGGACGCAUCGAAAAGGGCUUACAAGGAAAAGUACAUGCAAGUAAAGGAAUACAUGCAAUUCCGCAAACUACCUUCUGGUCUACGUCACCGGAUCUCGGAUUAUUAUGAAAACCGAUUCCAAGGAAAAAUGUUUGACGAAGAACGAAUUCUGACAGAAUUAAACCAUAACUUGAGAGACGAGGUAAUACAAUACAACUGCAAAGAUUUGGUCGACCAAGUUCCAUUUUUCAACGAAGCUGACCCAAGUUUCGUGGCCGCAAUGUUGGGAAAGCUUAACUUUGAAGUUUUUCUCAAUGAUGAAGUUAUUGUCAAGGAGGGAACAGAAGGUAAGAAAAUGUAUUUUAUCAACCGAGGUACAGUCACGAUCAAGUCCGCCCAGCAUAAAAUUGAACAGAGCUUAUCUGAUGGAUGUUAUUUCGGAGAAAUAGCGUUACUACAGCAAAACCUACGACGAGUUGCAAGCGUGACAGCCGAGACGUAUUGCUACCUGUACUCACUGUCUGUAGAUGAUUUCAACGAAGUUCUGAAGGAAUUUCCAAGACAGCGAGCCAAGUUACAGCAUGUUGCACAAGCUAGAUUGAAAGAUAAUACCGCUCAAGAUUCCUUCACGUCUACAUGUUCUAUAAUACCGCUAGAUGGUCCCCGCGAGCGCAGCCAACCUGGAAGCAGCAACCUUAGUGAAAUAACCGAGGAAUCAUCGGGAAUGUUAGACGAUUACAACAAGUCUGCUAAAAAGAAAUAAGCACGCCUAUUGUUAAGUGUAAAUUUGUGAAUACAGAAUAUAC